AUGGGAUUGAAUCGAUUUUGUUCUCAUAUCCAUUUCCUUGUAUCGUGCGAAAUAAGAAGCGAACUCAAGCUCGUCCCCCUGCCUCGUUACUUGCUGGACAUCGACAGAGAGAAAACAAAAAAAAUCCCGAUACUUUGGCCAUCGUUCCAGCAGGCGUCGAUGAAGGAGAAGAAGCAAAAAACACACACGAUUGGCAUUGGGGGAGGAGGUAGCGAUCGGCUUAGCAGGGGCUGUGGGCUCCGAUUUUUUGUUUCAAAUUCGUUGGAUCGAUCACACACCUUGGUGAAAACUUGACAACUUCAAGAAGGGUCAAGGCUUGAAUUAAAAAGGAGAACUCACUUCAAACAUAAGGGUAUAACGGUGACAUGGGUAGAACCUUGCUAGUCUAAUAGGUUGAAAGAGCUUAAGCCAUAACGGUGAUUAGUUACACGAACUUUUCUAGAUGGUCGUGUGACACGUGGUUCGUGUGCACCUCGGUGUACGGGAACUGGAGGUGUUGUCUUUAUGGUGUGGCCGGAUCAAACAUCACGUGGGAAUCGGGAGGUGUAUCGGUGGAAUUGGCACGGUUUGUACCGAUCCUGAACGACACCGUAAAGUACUUGUACUUUGCAAGUCGGAGUAGCGAAAGUGGAAGUCUUGGGGUUGGUGUAUUCGGGUGGAAGUCAUGAGCCACUUAGAGCACUAAACUGGCUGAGCACACGAGUAGUGAACGAGGUUAAGUUGUUGGGUAGUCUCUCCUUAAGGGACCCCAAAAUAGUUAAUCGGUUGAAUUAAAAAUUACAUAUAAUAAACGGUGAAUUAAAUUAUAUGUGAUAAUCGGU